AUGAAUAAGUUUUUCCGUGUUUCACUUUUAGUUUUUGUAAUCACACAAACUUCAAAUAGUAAUGGUGCGGCCAGAAAUCGUAGAUGGAGUUUAUGGCCAAGUGAAGAAGUUAAAAAAGAUAUUCAAACUGGAAAGACAUACUCGCAACUUCCACCUGAUUAUUUAUAUUUGUUACCUGGAGUUAAUGAUCACAAAGAUAUUCAAAGGAGAGCUGGUGGUCAUCCAUACCCACCUCCUGGACAUCCGGUAAGAUUUGUUAAUCCUCCAAGGAUGUCAGGUCAAACACAACAACAAAGAGUUAAUCACAUGCCUUCUGUUAAUACUCAAAAUCAGCAGCAACAUCAUCCACAACAAGCUCCAAAAAUUAUCAUGAAACCUGUAAAUCCAAAUCCCAAUUUCAAUCCAAGCAUCUCCUUGAAUGGCAGAGUUCAACCUCUUCCAGACAUUCAUCAAAAUCAACGAUUUGUUCAUCAAAAUUCAGGCCACAAUGGAGUUCCAAUUCAACAACCGUUCAGUUCGAAUCAACAUUUGCCAAUAAAGAAAUCUUUUGAUACUUUACCAACAGCUGUCACAUAUGAACCUUUAUCGAUUAAAACUGCAGCAAUUGAAGAAUUUUAUUAUACUAAAGAAUUUCGAGAUUUGCUUAAGGAGUUUAAAAUCAAAGCUGACAUCACAAAGUUACCACCAAUAACAGAUGUGAUGAUGAUAUUGGGAACAGAAAAUGCAGAAGACACGAUCGAUGGCAUUCGUGAGGUUGCGCAAUCACAAGAAGGAAUGGAACUUAUAAAAUCAUAUUUAGAUCAUGACGAGAAUCGUAUCGACGAUGACGAAUUCUAUAAUUACGAUGAAGAUGUCCGAGCUGGUGAAAUUCAACUCAGUCAAUCAGAACAAAUUCCAUUCAUUCAAAGUCAUGACUUACUUCCAGAACAGUAUGGAGUUCCAUCUAAUGAAUAUGGACCACCACAUCAAAAUAAUGAAGUUCCUGAUAAUAUGAUUCAACCAGUUCAAGGACCAUUCGAUUUUCCUUAUCCAACUUACGAAGUUCCUACAAAACCAUCGCCAUCACCACCAUCAAAUCAACCAACAAAAGCAUCAACAACAGGAACUUUAACUGGAAAUAAUCAAAAUGGAAGUCCAAGAAUUUGGUGGAGACCGUCAACAUGGUUCAACUCUGCACCACCUACAAGAGUUGAAUCAUUAACAAAGGACGCUCAAUUACUUGGCAAAGUCACAAGUGUUCCAAGAUCCGGCACAUGGUGGGACGUUUUACGAUAUGUUGGUCGCUUUUUAACACCAACUACAAGAGAAAAAGUUCCAUUAAACGAGACUUCAAACCCAAAAUCAUCUGUUCAACGACAAUAUAUUCAUCCUAACAUUCGACAAACUUCUGGAGAGUCGCCAGUUUUACCAGCAAUUCAAUUAACACAAGAACAAUAUUAUCAAAUGGUUCAAGCACUUCGAGAAAGUUCAGCAGGUCAGCAAUAUAUGGAUACAAGUUCAACGUUCAAUUCUUAUCCCCAAGAAGCUGUACAGAAUAAUUUCUAUCCGAAAGAUGUCAUUCCAACAAGCUUUUACCUUCAAGAAAUGAUGCAAAAUAAUUUUAAUCAACUUGAAACUCUUCAAAGUAAAACAGAGAAAGUUGAAACAACAACAACAAAGAAACCCACAGAAACAAAAUUUUCGAAUCCAAUUAAUGUUCCAUCUGAGAACCUUGGAAAACCUUUGAGUUCUAAUUAUGUGUUGGAUUUGCCACCGAAACCUCCACAGCCAACUCUCGAACUUCCGAAUGCAGAGACGUUUAAUAAUCGCAGAAAUUUUUUCCCACCAACAGAACCGAAACGAAACGCGCCUCAUGACUUUAUAGCAUCUGGAAGAGUCCAUCAAGCAAACCCUGACGAAGUUUGGAAUAAAUCAAAAUCUUUAGUUCAAACUAAUGAAGAUGAGAAAACAGUCAUUUCAUCGAUUUCUGACUUAACUGAGCAAUACCAAAAUGAUCAACAACAUCAGUAG